AUGAACAACGGCAAGGAUGGGUUUCAGUGGACGCCUGAGCAUGGUCUCCAGCAUGGUCUGCCAACUCUAGGUACCAUCGACCCUCUCAAAAAGCACUCUGCCACAUCUCAAGUCUACGACGUGAUCGUCGUCGGCGCAGGAUACGCAGGUCUUAUAGCCACAAGAGACCUGACAACAACAGGACAUAAAGUCCUACUACUAGAAGCACGAGACCGUAUUGGCGGCCGCACAUGGUCCUCAAACCUAGACGGCUACCCUUUCGAACUUGGCGGGACAUGGAUUCACUGGAACCAGCCACACGUGUAUAAAGAGAUCUCGCGGUAUGGUCUACAGGAUGAUCUCGAGAACAGCCAUGACUUGACAAGGGGUAUCAAUUCGUUCCUGGUGAAGACAGGUGGGCAGUUUCAUAAGAUGAGUAGAGCUGAGGAGGGCCAGAUAAUGGACAAAGUACUUCGGAAAUUCGUCAAUGUCGAUGGCACUUUCUGCAGGACCACGAUACCGAUGCCAGGCAGUCCAUCGCUUGGCUCUAGUCCAGCAGUACAAGAGCUCGACAAGCUAUCACUCCGCGAUCGUCUGAAUCAAAUCGAGUCUGAACUAUCCAGCAUCGAGAAAGCAGUUCUCGAAGGCUUUCUGGCAAUUACCUGCGGCGCACAAGAUCUCGCAGACGCCAGCUUCGUGGAAAUGCUUCGCUGGUGGGCCCUCAACAACUACGACAUGGUGCUCUUCAUGGAACAAUGUCUAACCUACAAGCUGCGCUCCGGCCAAUCAAACUUCGCACGGCACUUCUUCGACGAAGCCCUUGCGACAGGACGGCUAGAAUACCGUUUCAAUGCCGUCGUGAAAUCGAUUAACCAAGACCAAGCUGAUGGCACUGUAACCAUCACAACAGAAGACGACAACAACAACACAUCCUAUCACGCCCACCGCGUCAUCUGCACUAUCCCCCUAAACGUCCUAAACGACAUCGAAUUCAUCCCUGCCCUCCCACCCCUCAAACUCCAAGCUGCAAAUCAAGGCCACGUCAACGUCGUCAACAAAGUCCACGUCGAAGCCGCGAAUCCAGACCUCCGUUCCCUGUCCGGUACAAUCGCCGCUCCAUACGAUAAAUUAACAUAUAUCUUCGGCGACGGCACGACUCCAGCAGGAAACACGCACCUAGUAUCGUUUGGAAGUGCGUUUACAGGCGUCCAUCUCCGCGCAGACGAGGAUAUCGAAGACACGAAAAGAGCGUUACAGGCGUUUAUUGGGGAGGGGGAGGGAGAGAGAAAGAUGGAUGUGAAGAGGAUUGUAAGUCAUGAUUGGGCGAGGGAUCGGUUUGCCAAGGGGGCGUGGGAGUGGUUGAGGCCUGGGAUGACGCGGAAGGAGGUACUUGAGGGGUUAAGGGAGAGGCAGGGGAGAGUGUUCUUUGCGAGUGCAGAUUGGGCGAUGUUGUGGAGAGGGUUUAUUGAUGGGGGGAUUGAGGAUGGGGCGAGGGUGGCGAGGGACGUUGCGAGGGAUCUUCGCGGCUUGUAA